AUGCGGUCAACAAGCGUUUCGCUGUACUUUCCUAGGUCGUCUGAGACACUGGCUUGCCAAUCGCCAUCGCUCUCGCAGAGCCACCUCGAUCGGGUCGAUUAUCUGUCGAGUGUCGACAGACGAAAAAGGAUGGGCUUGAGUUUGACCUCGAUGGAAUCGAUCGUCGAUGAAGAAGAGGAUGUGAAAGAUGUUAUAUUUAUUAACCUUCCUCAAGCCGAGUUCAAAGGUUCAACUUGCAUUCAAGAUCUGACUUAUAUACAUCUCGCUCAGCUUAGGACGAUCGCUGAACCGCAGGAGAAAGUGUGCAUAAGCAGAGCCGCAUUCACUUGA